UUUUCACAGGAGGAAUACAACAUGAGGAUACUUUUACUUCUAGCUGCCAUAGCUGCAGUAUCACAGGCCCAGACUGACUGCUCUUGGGGGGCUUGUUACCCCCCCAGCAAUGACCUGCUCCUUGGCAGGUCUCACCAGCUCCACACCUCCUCCACCUGCGGCCUCACCGGCUCCGAGGUCUACUGCACCCCAUAUCAACUGAGGAGGAUGAAGUGUUGUCCAUGUGACUCCAGGAACCCAAAUGGUCAGCUGGCCCACACCAUCCAGGAAGUGCUGUCCACAUCUGCACCAGACAGAUGGUGGCAGUCCAAGAAAGAGGUGAGUCCAGUCACUCUGGAGUUGGACCUGGGCAACCUGUUCCAACUUGACAACCUGGUGCUCAGCUUCAAGGGUCCACGUCCCAGCGCCUUGGUCAUAGAGAGGACGCUGGACAACGGCAGGACGUGGGAGCCCGCCCUCCACCUGGCCACAGACUGUCGCAGAGCAUUUCCCAGAGUCCCCACAGCUACACCUCUCACCCUGGAGGACACGUACUGCUACACACUGCCCCCUAUUGGAACAAACCCCUACCAGGAUCACACAAUCGAGUUCAGUCCUCUGCGUCAGUACGCUUAUGUCCCAACUCCCAACAGCCAGAAGAUUGAAAAUGUGUCGGGGUUAACGGGGCUCAGGGUGAGGCUGACAGAGCUGGGUGAUGUUCCACGUCUGCCGGGCAGAUCUCUCAGUCGCUUUUAUGCUCUGAAGGAGAUGAGGGUGAUGGGCAGCUGCAUGUGCCAUGGACAUGCCAACCGAUGUCUGCCAGAAACCCACAACUCCCCUCUGUCCAACACCAUACAGGUGAAUCCACAGUGCGACUGUCAGCACAACACAGCAGGUAUGAACUGUGAGCGCUGUGCUGAGCUCUACAACGAUCUGCCCUGGAGACCCGCAGAGGAGGGCAACACCCACACUUGCCAACGCUGUGAGUGCAACAACCACGCCCAGCGCUGCCGCUUUGACCAGGCGGUGUACGAGGCCAGUGGGCGGAGGAGUGGAGGUGUCUGCGAGGGUUGUAUGCACCACACAACAGGGCCGAAGUGUGACCAGUGUGCCCCUGGUUACCAGCCAAACCCCCGCAGCCGAAUGGACCGUCCUGAUGCCUGCAUACGUUGCGUCUGCAGCGCUGAGGGAACGGUUAACGGGGGCCGGUGUGACGACAGCACAGGCCAGUGUCAGUGUAAGGUGAACGUUGAGGGGCCCCGCUGUGACCGGUGUAAGAGAGGCUACUAUGGCCUGACCGAAUCCAACCCUCUGGGCUGCACCAAGUGCUCCUGUUCUUCAGACGGCUCUCUGUCAGAUGUUUGUGACCCGGUGACCGGACAGUGUCCCUGUCGCCCCCACUUCCACGGCCUGACCUGUGAAGUGUGUUCAGGAGGCUACUGGAAACCAUUCCUGUCCGGACGCUGCCAACCCUGCGGCUGUGACCCCACCAGGUCAUACAGUGACACCUGUGACCAGGUGACAGGUCAGUGUCAGUGCAGACCAGGAUUUGGAGGCCGAACCUGUACCGAGUGCCCAAAGAACACGUACGGAGACCCACUCAUAGGCUGCCGAUCGUGUCGCUGUGACACUGAGGGAACCCUCCCAGAGGUCUGUGACCAGCAGACAGGAGCCUGUUUGUGUCGGCCAGGCGUCACCGGGACUCGCUGUGAUGCCUGCAGUCGAGGACGCUGUGACUCUUUCCCCACCUGCGAUACAUGUCCGUCCUGCUUCUUCAGUCUGGACGCACAGAGACAGAACCUGAGCUUGACUCUGGAGAAACUCUCCACCCCCUUCCCUUCUCCAGGUGUUCCAGAUCUUGGAAAAUUUGGGCCUCGCAUCUGGAGCCUGGAAGCCAGCCUGAAGCAGAUCCAGGGCUCCAUCCUCCUUCCACCAACCUCUGCCACACAGAUUGAUGAUGCUCUGUCCCAGCUGGACAAGCUGAGGGACCAGGUGGACAAGGUUAAUGAUGACCUUUCACCACUGCCAAGAACUCCUGGUCUGGACUCGGAUCUGGACAAACUGCGGGCUCUGCUGGACGGACUCACUGUGUCAUUCAAAGCCAAGAAGGAUGCCUUGGAGAACUCUAUCAGUCCGGACAGUGCAGGAGCAUUUUCCACCAUCAAGAACGCCUUCAGCGAGUCCACGGACGCGGCCAAGAAAGUGGAUGAAAGCAGGAACACGGUGAGGGAGUCAGUCGACACCAGAGAGGGAACUAAGGACCUUCAGAACCAAGUGCAGCCAGGCAACACCAGAGACCUGGACAAACUGAACCAGAACAUGGCCUCCAGACCUGACCUCACACCUGUCGCCAAACAGGUGUGUGGCAGUGUUCGCUCUGAGCCCUGCACCCCUCUGCAGUGUGACGGCAGAGAUCUGUGUCCACCGAAGGGAACCCCCACAUGUGAGAAGGGUGCAAAGUGUGUGGGCGCGCUGCCUCUGGGCAAGAGGGCCGACGCUGACUCCAAGGAUGUGAAGGACCGACUGGAAAAACUCAGUGACAAGAUCACAGAGGCUGCAGAGAAGCUCCAGGAAACACAGGACACAACCAAUGAGGUGAGACAGUCUGCAGAGAAGCUGUCCAAUAAGAUGAAGCAGACCAGAGACGAGCUAGAGGACGACUUACAAGAUGCACGAGAUGUCGUCAAAGAGCUCAAGGACUUCCUGUCAGACCCGGCCUCAAACCUGACCCACAUCCAGGAGGUGAGUGACUGGAUCCUGAAAGCCAAGCUGCCUCCCAACAUGGCCGCUCUGAAGAAGAAGCUGGACGAGCUGAAGAACCUGGCAGGCAAUCUCCCAGACAGCACGGCCGUUCUGAAGGAGGCCAAGCCGCAGCUGGACACAGCCAGGAAGCUGCUGCAGGAGGCCCAGGACGCCAGGGACACAGCACUGGGAGUAAAGGCCGAUGUGGACGGGCUGCUGGAGGGCUUUGGCUCGACGGAGGGCUCCCUCUCUGACCUGGAAGACAAACUGGAGGACAGUAUGGAUCUAAUGGACAAACUGAACAACACCCUGACUAAGGCCAAGGACCAGCUGACCCCAGCAGAGAAGGCUCUGGAUGAGGUAUCAGAGCAGAUGAAGCCGAUGAAGCCCCUGCUGGACGAGCUCAAAGACCUGCUGCAGAAUGGAGGCCAGCAGGCCCAGGAGGCUCAGGAAAAUGCAGGCAAAGCUGAAGAUGAAGCAACUGCUGCAAGUGAGGACCUGGUGUCUUUGGAGGAACAGCUGGAUCGUCUUAAAGAUCAGGCUCCACCCAGCGAGUCUGGUGGAAUAGACGGGUCGGUGGGCGAGCGGCUGGCGAAGCUGCAGCAGGACGCUGGAGCUCUGGGCAACACCACUGACAACAUGAUGAAGGCUCUGGAAGGUAAGGCAGAUUCCCUGGGGAAGCUUCAGACUGAGAUCCUCCAGAAGUCAACAAAGCUUGAAGGACUUGAUGCCAAGCUUAAAGACCUUUUGUCAAAACUUCGAAAGAAAGCCCACGACCUGAGCACCUGCCAGGGCUGAGCGUUACUUAGCUGCAGCUGCCGUCACUGCAGUGCUUCACACUCACACCCUCCACUGUCGGAAACAGUCUCUAACCCUGGAACACUGCUACAACUCUUCUUGAUAACACUACGCCUCAUCUCUGGUUGUCAAAGAAUUGUGGGGAAUGUAGGAAACCACUGUCUGGGGUUGAAGAAGAGAGAAGGGAGAUAUAAAUGACUGCUCUUGUUUAUGUCCUGCAUUCACGAUCAGUGUAAGCGACAAGGGGCCAUUCAUAUCAAUAUGUGGUCAAAAGAUAGAUAUUUGAAUUUCCUAGUAUCAUUUUCAUCAUUUACAUUUUAUAUAAUAUAAAAGUCUCAAGUUUCUGACUUUUUGGCAGCAACACUAACUUUUAUCAUUUUUAUACACUCCACUGUGAAGACUGCACCACAGUUAUUAUAUUUUUCUGAACUAUUUUGUGUUGUAUCUGUUG